AUGGAACAAACCGACGAGGCAACACCCAAACCUGAAGGAAAUCCGCUACGAUACCAUGGCAAAUCGCUCAUAUCAAAACCGAUUCGCAAUUCGUCCUGUACGAUUCCGAUCGAGCUGCUAGAAUUUGACUAUUCCUACGGGUACGACUGCAAGCGCUACUUCAACCUGUGCAAGAUCGCCGAAAACGUGCUGGUCUUCGCAUCCGGCAACCUUAUUCACUUCUUCGACGUUACCACGCGCACGGUGACAACACGCCGAAGCUCUACUGGUGGUGGUAUCGGUUGCAUUACGACCAAUCCAUCCGAGGAGUUUUCACAUCUCACUGUCGGUGAGAAUGGACCAGAUCCACCCAUCAUCAUUUACCAAUAUCCAGAGAUGACGGUCGUGAACUUAUUAACGGGUGGAACGACUGGUGGGUACUCGCGCAUCGACUACACCACCGACGGAAAGCUGCUCAUAUCCCAAGGCAUCGAACCGGACUACAUGCUGACGGUGUGGAACUGGAGUGCGGCUGAAAUCGUGCUGCGUUGCAAGUCCUUCUCGAACGACGUGCUCAAUGUCAUGUUCUCCCCGAGUGUGCCCGGUCAUAUAACGACAUGUGGUCUGGGACAUAUCAAAUUUUGGAAGAUGUCUAAGACAUUCACGGGCCUAAAACUACAAGGUGAAUUGGGUCGUUUCGGAAAAACCGAGAUAUCGGACAUCGUUGGUAUUUUGCCGUUACCAGACGAAAAAGUACUUUCCGGGUGUCAGUGGGGCAACGUGUUGGUGUGGGAAGCGGGUCUAAUCAAACUCGAGGUGUGCCGAAAAGCCCGUAAACCCUGUCACGAGGGUCCAAUCACGCAAAUUCUCAUGCGAGAAGGCGAAAUCAUGACGGCCGGCCUGGAUGGGAAAAUCAGGAUCUGGUUCUGGGAGACGGUUGAGUUAGCCGAUCCACCCGACGAUGAUCGGUUCGUCGAGAUUGAACCCAUCAUGGAGUUCCGCAUCGGAGCGGAGCUGAUGUGUCUGGUACGCAGACAGGGUGAUUUCCAGUGGUACGCUCAAGAUGGCAAUGGGGGCAUUUGGUUGUGUGACUUAACACCCGCGCAUCAGUCGGAACCUCCUCAGCAGCUGUUCAAAUGUCAUGCCGGUGCCAUCGUAGCCGUGCAAACCAGUCCAGUUUCGAAUCACGUCGCGACACUCGGCGUCGAUGGUAUGCUGUACGUCUAUGACUAUGUGAAGCGCGAACUGCUGCUGAGCCACCAUUUCCAGUGUGCCGGUCAGACGAUGCUCUGGUUACCACCAACACUUGACCAAACGGGGGCGAUCCUUGUACUAGGAUUUGCCGACGGGUUCAUUCGAGCUGUCGCACUCAACCUGCAUGAGGGUCAUCUGUCGUAUCCGGAAAAUCGUGUCAAUCUCAUUCAGCUGUUGAAACCCCACACACAAACCGUCACCUCGCUUGCGUUGAAUUCACGCGAAACAAUCCUCGUAUCCGGUUCGGAGGAUCGGACGAUCUUCGUACAUCGCUGUGUGCGAGCGAGUCCUCACGUAACACUCGAACCAAUCGGGUUAGUCUACACACCUUCGGCGGUGACGUCACUGGCUUGGAAACCAGGAUCUAUUGCUACCGCGCUCGUUGGCUGCCGUCACGGGCAUUUGCUCGAGAUGGAUCUUCCGGAAAAUCCGGUCAACUACACAACCAUAUCGUACCAUCUCGGGAACGUCGAGAUACGGCAGCUGACGUUCCAAUCGGUCAAGUCGGAAAUCAAGCGCAACCUGCGUGUCGCAGAAAUAGAAAAGCGCAAGCAAGAAAAGCGCGCGCGGAAGAUGCAAACGCUGGAGCGACUUCGUUGCGAGAAUCCUAAGGCGGAAAUCAACGAGGAAGCAUUUUUAGCUGACUCUGACGAAGAGGAAGAACUGGAACCACUUUACAUCCCAAAAAUUCCUAGUCCGAUCCUGUGGGCACGCUACACGCUGGAGGACACCUUGUGGCUUUCGAUGGGUGGGUAUGAUGCCGGUUACGUGUACGAGUAUGGGUUUGACGACGAGGAUCCGCUGUCAUGCACGCUUAUCCAGGAUCUCGAGAACACCGAGCUGACGUGUUAUUUGCAAGAUACCCAUUACACGAUUUUCGGUACCGGCGAUGGAGCUGUACGAGUGACUCGAACAAAGCGAGACUUUCGAGACCUCAGUGAUUACUGGACGCUACCCAUGCAUGACAACCGAACUGGGCGAAUCAUGGGACUUACGUUCAGCCACGACUACUCGUACAUAUUUAGCGUUGGUGCUGAUGGAAAUCUUUUUGCCUACCGCUGGUACGGAGAAGGAGAUCAUUUCCAGAUCAUGACACCUCAGGCACUCGAGAAGUCCGUAAAACGGGUGUUCGACAUCGAUGAGGCCAGCUACCCAUCGCUGGAGGAGCAGAAAGCGAGACAAGAAAGCGACAGGCUGGCGAAGAUAGUGUCGGAUCGGAAAGAGGGCGUGCUGCGUACGGUGUCCAGCUAUCGAAAGCGUUUUGAAGCUUUGCUCGAACGCAACCGAGCUCUACCGGAGGCGUUCCGCAUUCCUGUGACGGAUUUCGUGCUGGAUGAACGAAUUAUGAGCGAUCUUCGCGAGCAGCUGGAAGCUGAAAUGGGCCUCGUGCAUCGUAAGAUGGCAUUCGAUGUGGAGAAAGUUCGAAUUGCGGCCAGUAAACUGCAGAAAUUCUUCCUCAACCCACUCGAGAGCUUUCCCAUAGAAGUGUUGGCAGUAAGGAGCAAACAAUCGGUGAAAAGCUUUCGCAUCGAGAAGCUUGACGACGAUUACUUUGAGACCUUGAAGCAGGUUGAAAAACUAGUCGAAGAAGAAGCUAAUCGCAGACGCCGUUUCAUUGAUCUGUGUCAAACUCCAGAAAACAGAUUGUCUGAAACUGCUGGCGAAAAACGUAAAGAUCGCCGAAAAGACUCGCAAAUGCAACGUAAGGAAUCGUUCCUCGAAGGCCUAUCACAGUCCACAAUUGACUUUAAGCUUGAAAGCAAAAUGAGACGUCUGCUGUCGAAGUAUCGUGAUCGCAAGAAUCAAGAAACGAUACGCCAGCAAGAGUGGGAAGAGCAUAAAGCUUCCAAACCAGAUCCGAAUGUAAACGAUCCAGCCGAUGAUUUAGCUAUCAAGGAGGCGGCCAGUUCGAUUGGUGAUUAUAACCUUAAGAGCGAUCCGGAUUACGAGCCUUCGGAGGAGCAGGUCGAUACCACUACUGGCAAGUAUAACGAGCUUCUUCGCGUUCGCAAUGAAAUAUUCACGCUGCGCCAACAAUACAACAGUAGAGUGUUUGCAUUACGCGAGAAAAAGGUCGAACUAAUGCAGUACGUAGCAAAACAGAAAGCUAAGCUAGGUAUGAUACACGACGAGCUUCCAGUGGAUAAACGAAAACCUCUUCCAUUGGAGGUAACCAUCGACGUGACUGUAGAAUAUGCAGAUGAUCAGUAUAAAUUUGAAGAAGAUCGUCACUGCUUUGAUGAUCUGCAAAGCGCUUCAAAAAAUGCCGUUAAAAAGGGACCCAAUAAUUAUCAUGAACUAAUACUCAAGGAAGUGCUUGGAAUAACCACAUCUGGAGCUCAGCAGCCUAAACCAUCAGCAAACAAACACGAACGGGAACUUCGAGAACUACAUCUGGUUAGAAAGCUUUUCAAGCAGGAUAAAAUCAUCAAUAAAGCAAUGAAGCGCAUCGAGCAGUUUGAUCACGAGCUGGAACAACUAGCUAAUGCACGCAUGCCAGUGGAAACAGAUGCAAAACUUCUGGAAAAUUUCCAACUCACACUCUACCAAGAGUUAUGGAUAUUGAAGGAUUUCAGCAAAAUCGAAACAGAUACAUUGGAUGGGGUGGAACAAGUCACUGUUGAACGAAAUGAGCUGCUCCAGCAGGUGCACGACACAAGAACAACUAUCGAACAGGUAGAGCUAGAGAUAGAGCAAAUUCAACGCGAUCAACGAUCGAAUUUGCAUCGGUUCAACUCCACCUGCUUGGACAACGAAUUUUCCAAGGUGAUGAAGCGCAUCUACAAGAAAAAAUUCAAGCCAUGCAAAAUCAACGAUAACGAAUCGGACUCGUCUUCCGAGUAUUCCUCAGAGGACAUAGAGGCACUGGAGAACACUAACGACAGGGAGGUCAGCAAAGUGUUUCUAGAUCUCAACCACUGUCCAGACGGUUGUGAUCCGGAGAUUUACAAUUUGGCCAUUCAAUUACGAAACGAGAAGCUCGAGCUACAGCGACGGCACUACGCGGAGGAACGAACCCUGAGGGAAAUGCACCGUGAUUUAGAGAAUCUCAAGCCUAAACUUGCCGAUGCCGAGAUACGGCUUAAGGAAAGGAAAGCUGAACUGCUCGAGCUACGGCGUGAGAAGCAACGUCGCUUGAACGAGAUCGACACGCUAGUGAUUGUAAAGAUGGAUCAGAUGCAGUACUUUCGUACGGAAACGGAGUUCCACGACGUGGAAAACAGUCUGCUGUUCAACCGGCAGGCUCUGCUAAAGCUGUACUCUCGCGUUGAUCAGUUAGCAGCUGAAACACUCGAAACGAAGCGCAAACAUCGCGUGAACGUGGUACACCUGGCGCGUAUGAAAACAGAUAUCAAGUUCAUGCGGCAGCAGCUAAUUUCGCUGAAAGAGGAGAUCACCAAAAUGAUGAUGAAAAAGUUUGGACGUGUGAUCGAUCUGGAUGAGCUAGAGGAGACCAUACUGCGCCAAUACACGUUCGAGAUGCGAGCCAAUCUGAACGAUGUUAAGAAAAGCUACGAAGAGCGAUCUCGAGAGCUAAAGAAACUUUACGCUAAAAAACAAGAGGAGCUGAAGAAAGUCAUUCAAGAAGGCACCGAGAAGCUGCACAUCCUGACAGUGUUGCAGGAGGAAUAUAACAACCUAGAAAAGUCGCUAGCUCACCAGAAGAUCCUGUUGGAGAGGCGUAAACAGCCUCCACCCACCUACUCGGAGGAUCUUAGCAAGCUACGCGAAAUUGCCAAGAUACAGAAGGAACAGAUCAACACACUACAGCGUGAGAUUCGCACUCUCAGUAUGAAGUGUAAGCCACUGUCGGCGGAAAGUCCGGAUGUGGAGAUUACAAUACCUCCACCGGUAUGUGGCAAGCCACCUCCAGUAGCUGACGAGUCGGUGUACAAUGCAGUGAUGGACUCAGCCCCUCCCAGCACUAGAGCCAGCUCCCCGGACAACUUCUUGUACAACGAGAUCUCCAGCCUCAUCGAUGACUUCCUCGUGGAGCAACUGGGCUCACGUGUGCUGCAAUCCGAUAUCAAACGCGUCGUCAACCACCUGGCACAUUAUCUGUCCAACAUCAUACACAAUUUUGCGCCGGAACAUGCGAGUGAUCUACUGCCGCACAUAAUCGAGAACUUCAAGUCAUUCAUUCCGGAGGAGCUGCUCAUCACGAUACCACCACAGGCAAUCGCAGAGCUAAUCGAGAGCAUCUUCCGUACGUUCAAGGAGGGCUACGAUAUCGACACCAAGGAAAUUUUGGGCGAAAUUGUCAGCAACAGCCUUGAGAUGAUCUUCCCGGCAUCUCAGAACUACUCGCACAACAUCCUAGUCGACAUCAUGAAGCAGGUCUUGGCCACACUCCACAUCGGGGACGUGAACCAUCCGGACACGAUCUCAUUCAUCGCGAACGGUAUCCGCCACAAACCCGGCAUUGACCCGGAUGGUGUCAACGUGGAGCUCUUGAGCGAGGAAAUUCUGCUCUACGCCCAAGAGAACACGGUCGACGAGAUCAGCCUAGAUCUUGUUCGGGGUGUCAUUGAGGGCAUUCUGCAGUGCGUUCGGGAGCAGUAA